AUGGUUAAGAAGACUAGAAAAUCGAUUGUAUCUGUCAAAAAUUCACGUUCUGACUUGUUCAGACUGGAAAAUAUUAGCACUAUAUCUGACAGCGAAGAAGAUGUGCCCGAUUUCGACGAAAGUAGUGGUGAUGAAGAACUAGGAAUACAGGCUGGAGAGAAGAAUUCAGACGUUAAGAGUACACAGUCAUCAGAAAAAAGAUCCAAACUUUCUGGAAAUGGGUUCAAUCAUGCAUUCAGCUUUUCGCUGGAUGGAGAGUCUGAUAGAGAUGCAAAUUUUAAUGGCUGGGAUUUCCAAAUGAACAGUGGCAGUCACGAAGGCCAAUCUACAAGUGUUGAUCUCGACAAGAUCAUAAGGAGAAAAGGCGGAUUAAGUGGAAAGAUUGUUGACGUGAACGUGAAUAGUACUGGAAACAUUCGGGGAGGAAACAAACAAUCUCAUACAAGUGACAAUGAUAUAUCUGAUGAUGAAGAUGAUGAGGAUGAUGAAGUUGAAAGCAAUAACUCUGACAAAGAAGCCGAUAGUGACGAAAGCAGUGUAGGUGAUGAAAGAAUGUCCGAGAUACAGUCAAAAGUUCAGACCACUGAUGAACAGUCAAUUGAGGAUAACAUUGCAAAUUUGAGCGAUGAUGAAGAUUCGGCAGAGGCUAUAGCUAACUUUUUUGAUACUCCUGAAGACAUAAGAAGUGAAUUAAAUGGCAAGCACGAUACAUUCCAAUCAUUGAAGCUUUCAAGGCCUCUUCUGAAGGCUUUGUCAACUUUGGGAUAUUCUAGUCCUACUCCCAUUCAAAAUGCCUCCAUCCCGAUGGCUCUUUUAGGAAAAGACAUUGUUGCUGGUGCUGUUACUGGUUCUGGAAAAACAGCUGCAUAUAUGAUUCCUAUCAUUGAAAGGUUGCUUUACAAGCCAUCCAAAGUUGCUUCAACAAAGGUGAUUGUUUUGACACCCACAAGAGAGCUUGCAAUCCAGGUCGCUGAUGUGGGUAAGAAGAUUGGGCAAUAUGUCGCUGGACUCACGUUUGGUUUGGCUGUUGGUGGAUUGAACCUUAGGCAACAGGAACAAGAACUUAAAAAACGACCUGAUGUGGUGAUUGCUACUCCUGGUAGAUUUAUCGACCAUAUCAGAAAUUCUCCAUCUUUCAAUGUUGAUAAUGUCGAAGUUUUAGUUUUUGAUGAAGCUGAUAGGAUGCUCGAAGAAGGUUUCCAGCAAGAGAUCACAGAAAUCUUGUCUUUGCUCCCUCGCAAGAAACAAACAAUGUUGUUCUCGGCUACUAUGAAUUCUAAGAUCAAAUCGUUAAUUCAGUUAUCUUUGAAUAAGCCGGUCAGGAUCAUGUUAGGAGCGCCAAAAGCAGCAGCAUCGGGAUUGGUUCAAGAGUUCGUCAGAAUUCGUAAGAGAGAGUCUUUGAAGCCAGCGUUGUUAUUUAAUAUUUUGUCCACAGUCGAAGGCCAUCAAAGUCGGGUGAUAGUCUUUGUUGCAAGAAAGGAAAUGGCGCACAGAUUGAGAAUAGCACUUGGUCUUUUGGGUUUGAAGGUUUCCGAAUUACAUGGAUCAUUGAGCCAAGAGCAACGGUUAAAGUCCGUGACAGAAUUCAAAACUUUGGCAGUUCCCGUUCUCAUAUGUACGGAUCUGGCUGCUCGAGGAUUAGAUAUCCCCAAAAUUGAGUUAGUGAUCAAUUUUGACAUGCCCAAAACACACGAAAUUUACCUGCAUAGAGUUGGUAGAACAGCUAGAGCAGGGAGACAAGGAUUGGCCAUUUCCUUUGUGGGCGAAAGCUCUCAAGAUAGAAGUAUUGUCAAGGAAUCGAUUAAGCAAGUUGAAAUUGAGCAGAGUGGCAAGGCUAUUGGUAGAAAUGUUGACUGGAAUGCAAUUGAACAAAUUCAGGCCACUUUGAAACAGAAGGAUGCCGUGAUUGAAGACAUUCUUAAGGAAGAAAAACAAGAAAAAGAACUAUUAAAAGCAGAAUCAGAAUUGAAAAGAGGUGAGAAUAUGCUCAAAUAUGAAAGCGAAAUUAAGGCAAGGCCCAAAAGAGAUUGGUUUGUUUCCGAAAAGGAUAAAAGUCAGAGUGGAGAGAGCGUGAACUCAGCAAAAAAGCGAUUGAACAGUAAAAAACGGAAAGCUCAAGAGGUGAAUGAAAAUCCGAAAAGGCUUUACAAAAAGACGAAAGAUGAUCGGUUGCAUACGCAACCAAAGAAGCUUCCGAAAAAGCAUAGAAAAUAA